AAAAUAUGGAGAAAAUGUUAUUUUCAUUAACUGCAAGAUUCCCACCGUUUCUCUUUUCCCGAAGAACUGUAUACCAUUAGGCGAUGUACAUACACACUGUCACGAGAAUGUCAAUGUACAUCAUUGUACAUGAUGUAUAGACCUGUCAGUUUUACAGAAUGAUGUAAAAAAGGUGUUUUAUCUUGGCGAACAGUCUUCUUACUGGUAUUUAAAUGGGCAAUUCAAAGAGUAGAGAACCCACUGGUGUAGUGGAUCCUGCAGAAAUCAAGCUGAAAAGUGUUUUUGAGGCGUUCACCACUGACCAAACUGAGGAGCCACUUGAAAGGAGGGAGCUGCCACUGACAGCAUUUGCGACAUGUUUUGCUGCAGGUGGCACUGAAUAUGGCACUACCUUUGCUGAUUCCAUACGACCGUACAUUCCCAGUCAUGAGCAAAUUCCAGUGAAUCCUUUUGUGCACCUCGGCAAACAAGUUAUGGGCAUGUCAUCUCCUGCAGAGAGGUUGGAGUACUUCUGGAGAGUCUUUGCGGGAGGUGGGGCAGAACUCAGCAAAGACGAGCUCACAAAGAUGCUAAUUACAUGUUACAGACUAUCAAUUCAUUCAAGUGGAUUUGGUGAACAAAUAGAAGAAUUUGGCAGGUGCGAUGAAAUUGUUAAAUCUAUAGUUGAGAGUGUCUGGCCGAAAGAAUCCUACAAAAUUGACAAAUCGCUUUUCUUUGCCUGGUGCCAGAAGAACACUUCUUUUAUCUUCUCAGGAACCCAUUCAUGGACAAAUGGCAUCUGGUCUCAGUUGGAUUUCCGAUCACAAUGUGCCAAGUGUCCUUCUCAUGCCAUCAUUGAGGACAUAAAAACAGGCAGCUACCUCUUAUCUGUCCAGUAUCUAUGGAUGUUGUCAUGCAAUCUUCCCCACGCAUACCGUCAGUCAGCGGGUGUGUCUGAGGUCAUCUCGCCCAUGGAAGCCAAUUCUUGGAAUAAACUGAGUGAAAUCCUCCAUUGGACAAACUUGUACAGCAGUUAUCUCCAAGGCAUGAGCUUGAACACGCUCAACUUCCACAUCUUCUCGUACAAAGAACCGACGAUUAUGUUGCUCAAACUGGAGCAAGGUCAUCUCUAUUGUAUCGGGGUGGAUGAAGAAUGGAAAGUUGGUAGUCAGAGAUGGGGUGGACACAGUUGUAUAGUCAUACAGUUGCUUCCACAGCUUAGGAUUGUGCAGACGGGUGCAAAUAUGUUGUUCUACAACACAGAGACGCGGGGGCUUCCAAAGGGUAUACAGUUCGGCAAGGACACCAAGUCAGUCAUGUUGGAAAUAGAUGAAGACAUGACAACAGUCAAGCACUACGGUGUGCCACUUCAGUUGAAAGUAUGCGAGGUGUGGGCAUGUGGUUCUCCAGCAGCCAGGAAUGCUCAGAUGCAACAGCAGCAGUGGGAGAAGAAAGAAGUAGAAAAACACAAAAACAGAAAGCUUAAAGUCGAAGACUGGAAGGACAACCCUGAUCGCCAGCUCCUCAACAUGGGUGGUGUGAAUGUGGAUCAUCAAGAAACUGACCGAGGAUGAUGCAGCUGCCAAAUAUGAGGAGGAAAAUCUGAAUGGUGACAUCUCAACUUCCAUCUAUUACUGGUGGGCUAUCUUAUGUAGCCACGUGUUUGUACAGGGACAAGAAUUGGGGUUUUUUUCACACAAACAGCGGCAUACUUUAUGAUGUGAAUACAAUAUCACAAAUAAUAAGGUAUUCUAUUUUUCACUGCAUAUACAGUGUGCAUACCAGCACUCAUACCAGUGGUGUUUUUACUUCAUUAUACCACUGCUUAUAUCAUGUGUACAGUAGAUUUUAUGUUCAAUAUGAGUGUUAAACCUUGGUUUCAAAAUCAUGUUCACUUUUCCACUGUCCUUAAUGAAGUUAUUGUUAAUUAGUCUUCCAUCAAUCAUGUUUAAUAAAUUAUUAGAUUGGAAUCAAUACGGGCUCAUCAAUUAUGCCCCCAAUUGGGCAUUGUGUUCUUCUUGCAUUCUAUUCAUGCAAGAGAGAUAGAGAAAGUGGACACUGUCAGGGGAAGGUCGUACAAGGUAUGGUUUUCAUCCAAAAAAAUGAGGGUUGUCGGAGUGUCUCAUCUAAAACUCAUCCAAGGACCUCAGAAAAUAGGUUGAAGGCUGGCUGAAGUUGUGUUUUUGACUCAACACAUACUCUCACUUCUUACUCCUAGGAGUAGCAAAUACUUUUAUCUAAGAUUCUAUGUACAUUUACACUAUGUACAUUUACUCUAUGUACAUUUAAGGAUUUUCUGUAGAAAAUCGAAGUAAAAGUGUUGCUAGUCUUUAUUCAUAUCACCCCUUGAAUAUCGGCACCGUUCCUGACCUGGUUGACAGUGACUGUCCUUGUUUCAAUGCCGGUAGUCCUAUGAUUUUCACUGCCAAUGAAAAUGUACCUCCUCAUUCCAUCAGUUAUCUAGAUUCGACCUGAUGAACAUGAGUACAACCACGUUCCAUUCAGAAACCAUUGUGUAUGGGAGUUCCAUUAUAUUGACUUGUUGCAUCAGUUGCUUUGAUAGCAGCUUUAUACUUUGAAGAGAAAUAGCAGACAGAGGCCUUUGAACAAAAUUAGCUCCUUUGCUCUGCAAUGUUAAUAUUGUUCUGUACAUUGUGUCCAAUUACCUGUCACUUUUAUAUGGUGCUCAAUAAAUCAUGUCAUGAUGUGUAUAUUAUAAGUUUUAAUGAGAAUAUAAUGAUGAU